AUGGCAGGCGUCGCAAUUGUUGCCGCCUACUUUCACUUCACGCGUAACUUUGGCCACUGGAAGAGAAAAGGCAUCAAGGAGCUCAGACCCCUUCCCUUCGUGGGAAACCUCAAAGAUGUCGCCUUCAUAAAGAAGAACAUCGGCAUGGUGGCUUCUGCAAUCUACGAGCAGCACAAGAAGGAACCGUUCAUUGGCAUAUACGCGUUCGAUGAACCAGUGCUCCAAGUCCACGACUUGGACCUCGUGAAAGCCGUGCUGGUCAAGGACUUUCAGUACUUUCCCGAUAGAAGUUGA